AAACCCCAACCAGACCCCUUUCUUUUCCACCGCCCGGCCGCGCUCUUGCUAGCGUGCCGCUGCGCACGGCCGGGUGGACGAUGAUCGAUGCGGUGGCAUCCCCAGACCACAAUGCCUUUGUCUUGUUCGCUCUUCCGUUUCCUUCGUCUGUUCCCCUUUGGACCUGCCACGGGGCCACCAUCUACGGCCAGGUUAGCCACGGCCGGGGCACCUCCGUGCUGGCGUGCGUAUCUUGCCCAGUUCGCCAGUCCGUCACUGUCGCACCGCCCCCCAUAUCAGUGUGCUCUCUGUCUCGCGCUCCCUGUUCUGUACCAGUAGCUGCAGUGUUGGCCAGGGAGGAUAUGGGCGGUGGUGUUGUGUACUUGUGCGUGUAUAUAGGGACGCAGCACGCAGUCGUCAGUACUCGUCAGGCACAAGAAUCAUCGUCCGGCUUGCUGCUUCUCUGUGAGCUUCUCUCAACCUGAAGUAACGCACCGAUCGACCCUUUUUCUGUUCCCGAUGAUGGCUGCCGUCCCUGUCAGUUUCUCCUCGUCGAGUCUGCUCGCGCUCCUCUUCCUCGUCUCGGCGGCUUCCGCCUGCGACCGCUGCCUGCACCAGUCCAGAGCCUCCUUCUACACCUCCUCGCUCACCCUCUCCGCCGGUUCUUGCGGGUACGGCAACUCCUUCAACGGCGGCAUGCUCGCCGCGGCAGGCCCCGCUCUGUACCGCGGAGGCGUCGGCUGCGGCGCGUGCUUCCAGGUGCGGUGCAAGGACAAGGAGCUGUGCAGCACGUCCGGCGCCGGGGUCAUCGUCACGGACAGCGCCAAGACGAACCGCACGGAGCUGGUGCUCAGCAGCCCCGCCUUCAACGCCAUGGCGCGCCCCGGCAUGGCCGACCGGCUCGCCAAGCUCGGCGAGGUCGACGUCGAGUGCAAGAGGGUGCCGUGCGAGUACAACAAUCACAAGAACCUCUCGGUGAGGGUGGAGGAGAAGAGCCACGCGCCCAGCCACCUGGCCAUCAGGUUCUUCUACCAGGGCGGCCAGACCGACAUCGUCGCCGUCGACAUCGCACAGGUAGGGUCGUCGAACUGGAAGUUCAUGGCGCGGGAGCACGGGCCGGCGUGGAGCACGAGCCAGGCGCCGGCGGGGCCGCUGCAGCUCAGGGUCGUGGUGACCGCCGGGUACGACGGGAAGUGGCUGUGGGUGGAGAAGGAAGUGCUGCCGAGCGCGUGGCGCGCCGGCGAGAUGUACGGCACCGGGCUCCAGAUCACCGACAUCGCCCAGGAAGCCUGCUCCCCGUGCGACACGCAGGACUGGAAGUGAAUUAACAAGAGACCGACGAGUGAGUGAAAGCACAAAACGUCCGCAAAGGACUGAGCAAAACAAAGAUGAUGAGGCUACUAGCUUAGCUUAAUUACCUCUGUUGCUGCCGUUCUGGCUGGCUGGGGUUUCAACGAACGAACCAACCAACCAUGAGGAAUAACAAUAGAGAGAGAUCAUUAGUUACAAGUUACGGAGUCAAAUACCUGAAACCGUGCCAAUCUUUAUGAAACGGAGGAAAUAUAAUUUUUGGAUGGAA